CCGCCUCCGACCUCCACUACCGCCCGUAUCUCAUCUCGUCCACAUGCGUCCGCCACGCCCAUCCGUCUCCCGUGUCCCGUCCUGACAUCCUCUACCGCCGUUCUGCCUUCACUAGCGUCCGCCGCCGCAUCCCACCUCCCUCGGCUCACACCCUCCACCGCACUCUAAUAGGGUCGUCCGCUACGCGUUGCCGGCGCCUCGUGCUUCCUACUGCAGAUCUGGGGAGUCUCUGGUCGCAAAUCCAGCAAGCCGCCGCCGCCUCCUCUUCCGAUGUGACCUCCUCCUCCUUUUCUCCAAGACCGUGGAACUCUCUGAGAAUUAAGAAACUCUCUUGGUCGCUCGGAACUCUGCACCUCUUCUCUACCGUACAGCUUCUCCAUAGUGAGAGAAACCUUAAGAUCCAAGUGAAGAAAAGAAAGGUACAUGCUUUCUGAACUGAUUUCUCGCAUACAAAUGUCAGUGCUAGUGUUUAUAUUGGCUUGAUAGUGUAUUGUAUUUGACCCAGGCUUAUGCAACAACAUGUAGCUUGGUCACUUGCUUUUUCUGUGUUCUUUCUCCUAUUGCAUCAAUGAAUAGCAGGCAAUUUUUCUCGGUUCACUGGUGAUGAGGUCUGGAUAUUUUCUCAAUGUUGGGAUGACCGCCUCACUUCACUACACUAGAUUCCAUUGCAAAGCUGAUGGUAACUCAAUUGGUAAUGGUAUCAUAUCCCAAAGUACCAAAUGUUCAUGGAAUAUACUUUGGACCUGAGAAGGCCACCAUAAUAAACACAUAUGCUGUGAUGAAAUCUGGUAUGAAAGACCUCGACGAAAGUGGCAAUAAUGGUGCAAUCAGUAGCCAGAAAGCACAAAAGCGCCUUGUAAACACGGAUUCAUCUCAUGUUAGUUCAGAGGAUGGCCCUAUCGACCAUGAUGUCGACCAUUGCAACAAUGACAGCGGCAAUGAUGAGGAGAACAUUGGUGGUACCGAUAACAAUUGUGGCUUCAAUCCUGAUGGUGUCUCCUGAGGAGGAUCUCACUAGUCACUUGCAUGGCAAUUGAUGAUUAAUGGUCUUUAUGGUAUUCUGGAUAUGUGUGUAGUAGUACCAUAUGCUCCGGGCCAAACUUAGCAGCUUAUCCUUUUGUUGCAUUCACUUUUCUAAAGUGAUGUCCUCAUUAACCUAGGAGGCUUUCUAUCCAUGUAGUUUGAUAUCACUGCAGUGUUUUGUGCACUGUGAUGGAUAUGAUAAUUAGAGUGGUGGUGGCCAGUAUGUAUGUAGCACUGUUGUAUGCAACUCUUGGUCAAGUCUAUAUAUGGACUCAACUUUAUGUGA